AGAAAGAAUGAGAAUACUGGAGCCCUCUGUCCCCUUUACUUGUAUAAGCUCUAGUUAUAGUCCAAUUUUUGAGUGCACUGUUCUUGAAUCCAGCAUUCUAACAUGGAACCCUCUAUUCGCAUAACUCGCUGCUACAUGAAAUUGUUAGAGGAUUCAGCAUUUGGGCACAUGUCUCACAAGCAGUUGGCAAUUCCUGGCAAAUUACUAUAUGCGGCAAAUUGUCCCUAAAUUGAUCAGUAAUUUGGGUUACACGAUUAUUGCUUGGAGGCAUUAUUAAACAGUGCUACAAUGACACCAUUGUCCAUCCUUGAGCAAGGAAAAUGCCUGGCUGAUGUAACAUACUAUGUACCUUUGCCAUAAGAAGGUUCAUCUAUGUAGUACUCAAAGCACCAGUAUCUAAAAAGUUAAAUUUUAUUUUUUCCUGUACACGAGACAGUGCAGGAGGUCAUUAAUAAAGAAUGGAAGGCCCCAGACCACAGAGCAGUCAAAGAUAAAACAAUGGAUAUACUGUAUCCUUUCAGCCAAACUCAUAGAGAUAAAUGGGAAACCAUACCCAAAGUAGACGCCCCGAUAGCUAAAUUAGCUAAACGUGCAACUAUACCUCUAGCAGAUGGAACGGCGUUCAGAGAUCCCAUGGACAGGAAGGCAGAAAAUCUUUUGAAAAGCUCUUUUGCGUCAUCUACAGCAAUGUUUAAAUCGUCAAUCUCAGCAGCAUGCGUUGCGUGAACCAUGACUGUUAUAGGUUCAAUAAAAGGUGUAUACACACCCGACACCAGGACAGGGAAUAAAACAGAAUUUAUACAGAAACACACCCGUUUAUUGUAGAGCACGCAGAUUAGGCAUACAGGGAUAGCUUACUUGGAUGAGAGUAUGAUACAAUAUAUAAAUCCACACAGGAGAAAAGUCCACACAGGAGAUAAAUGAGUCCACACAGGAGAUAAAUCCACAGAGGUUAUAAAUGAGUCCACACAGGAUAAAAAUGAGUCCACACAGGAUAUAAGUCCACACAGGAUAUAAGUCCACACAGGUUAUGAAUGAGUCCACACAGGAUAUAAGUCCACACAGGAUAUAAGUCCACACAGGUUAUAAGGUUAUACUCCCACAGCUGAACGGAACCGAAGCUCUAGUCCAGUACAGGAAAGAUUCUGAUUCUCUGUUCCCCCAGGCAGUGUAUUUAGAAUCCCCUCCAGCAGAAUGGGGGGAGGGAGAGGAACAACACUGCCCUGAUUGGCUGAGUCACAUGAAACCUUGUCUCCUCUCACGUGCACAGAGGAGCUAGGGUGUGGGCCUUUUGUUCAGCUCACGUGCACGGCUCUCCUUUGGAGGGAAAUUUCAGGAACAAAGGGCUAGAGCUGCAAUAAAACUAGGAGGGAGUGCAGGGCCUGCCUUGGGAAAUACUUUUAAUACAGGGAAGGAGUUCUGUAUUAUAACAAUGACGCUAUCUGGAAGAAGCAUUAUCAGGCUGUUCUGAGGAUUCUUUUGAUAUGCACGGUCAUCUUUCAAAAGUGCUUAAUGCAGCACACUUUUUAUAUGAUGCCUCUAUGGACACACUUCAAUUACAGGCCAGGGCCUCGGCCUUUUCAGUAGGUGCCAGAAGGGCACUAUGGCUCAAGUCUUGGAGUGCGGAUCCAGCCUCCUAGAAAAAUUUAGUUACUCUACCAUUUUCGGGGGCUUCGGACCGGAACUAGAUACUCUGAUAAAUAAGAUCACGGGAGGAAAAAGCAACUUUUUACCUCAAGACAAAAAAUCCAGACCUCCAAACACACAGUCAAGAAGACCAUAUAGGUCAUCGAAUUUUGGGAGACCUUCCCCACAACAUUCCAGACAACAAACAUGCUCAAACCAACCCAAGGGUAAUUUUCGUCCCGUCAAGAAGCCCUCGUGGAACUUUCAGAAACGCACUCCCAGGGGAACACCAGACAAGACACAGGAAGCAUGAAGGGGCAGCCACACCCGAUCUUACGGAGGCGAUAGGGGGGGCGCCUCUUAAAGUUCAGGGAAACCUGGCUAACCACAACUUCGGACCCUGGGUCCACAACAUAAUUUCAAUGGGCUACAAGCUUCAAUUUCAGAGACCACCCCCCCCCAACGAUUCAUUCGGUCAACCUUGCCAUCCCUACCAAGCAAAAAGAGAGCUUUGAACUUGGCAAUUCAAACUAUGCUCAAAGCCAAGUCCAUAAUAACUGUUCCCACAGAACAAUGUGGUCUAGGGUUUUAUUGAAACCUUUUUCUAAUACCCAAAAAAGAUGGUUCACCGUGUCUUGUACUAGAUCUAAAAUUUCUGAACAAGUUUCUUCAUGUUCCCUUGUUCAAGAUGGAAUCACUGAGGUCCGUGAUUGUAAACGUGGAACAAGGAGAUUUUUUCACUACCAUAGACCUAAAGGACGCUUAUCUACACGUGCCAAUUCAUGUAGACUCUCAACAGUAUCUACGCUUUACAGUUCAGGGUUUCCACUACAAGUUUCAAGCACUUAUUUUUUUGGGAGUCAAGUACGACUCUCGGCAGCAUAAGGUUUUUCUAACUACUCAAAAACAUCUCAAGCUUCAAGCUGCGGCAAGGCACGCAAUCUCCCUAAGGUUGAUCUCGGCCAGGGACUGCAUGCGUCUACUAGGACUCAUGACCUCAGCCAUAGAGGUCGUACCGUUCGCUCAAGCACACUUGAGGAACCUCCAGCUAAACUUUCUCCAAAAAUGGCGCGGAGAUUACAACAAUUUAGACUAUUCAAUUUUUUUCUCAGGCGCAACCAAAACUUAUCUUCAGUGGUGGAUUCAAAGAGACAACAUCAUGAAAGCUGGCACUAAUCACCUCAGACGCCAGUCUCACAGGUUGGGGAGGCGUAUUCGACCACAGGUCUGUACAAGGUCGGUGGUCACAGACACAAACCUCACUUCACAUAAAUAUGCUAGAGCUACCGGCGAUUUACUUAGCGCUAAGAUACUGGUCAGAUCUACUAAAAGGAUCCCCAUAAAAGUCAGAUCGGACAACGCGACAGUGGUGGCGUAUAUAAACCACCAGGGAGGCACUCACAGCAGAGCAGCCUGGAAAGAAGUGUACCACAUUCUACUAUGGGCAGAAAACAAUUCUUGCAGACUAGCGGUCAUUUACAUUCCAGGUCAGCUGAAUUGGGAAGCAAAUUUCCUAAGCCGAGUGAACACUACACAAGGAAGUGUUUCAACAGCUUACAAUCAGGUGGGGGACCCCACAGAUAGACCUGAUGGCCAGCAAGUUCUAUCACCAAAUACCGGACUAUUGUUCCAGAUAUCACGACCCAGAAGCAUGUCAGUAGAUGCAAUGACAACAGCUUGGGACUUUCAGCCCGUCUACAUUUUUCCGCCCAUACCAAUGAUUCACCCUGUUCCCCGACGUCUGUCUGUUUCAAACGACAGCGAUAGUAAUAGCACCCUUUUGGCCCAGGAGAGCAUGGUUUUCAGAUCUAAAGAGACUAUCAAUCGCUCCCCUGUGGCCACUUCCUCAAAGGCCAGACUUGCUUCAGCAGGGCCCCUGUUGGCACCCAUCAUUGGAGAGAUUAUCCCGGAUGGCUUGGCUAUUGAAAGCUCCAUAUGGAAGAAUAAGGGGUUCUCAGACCAAGUAACCACCACCAUGUUAAGAGCACGCAAACCAACAACAAGCUCUACCUAUCGCCACAUAUGGUCAUGCUAGAUUCACUGGUGUAAACAGAGAAACUCUGAUAAUCAAAAGUGCACAGUUCCUCUUAUCCUAGAAUUCCUUCAGGAUAGCAUGGAUAGAGGAUUGGGAGUCAAUUCACUUAAAGUCCAGAUCUCAGCGUUGUCCGUAUUCUUUCAAUUACAGAUAUCGUCGUUUCUAGAUGUCAGGACUUUUAUCCAAGCAGCCAGUCAUAUCAGACUGCCAUAUAAACAUCCACUGCCCCCAUGGAAUUUGAAUUUCAUCCUACAAGUGCUGCAGGGAUGCCCUUUUGAACCUACAGAUCUGAAGUUUCUUACUUGGAAGGUUGCCUUUUUAAUAGCUAUCUCAUCAGUGAGACGAGUUUCAGAAAUUGGGGGUCUAAGCUGUAAACCGCCAUUGUGUCUUCUUUUAUUUGUAAUUUAAAAUUUUUAUUGACCUUCAUUUCCAAAGAAAGAUAACCGGUACAGCAUUGGUGCAAAAAAGUAUGCAAGUGAUAGUAACAGGUGCUUCAUAACAGAAUAUAACUGUUCAAUUAGCUCAAUCAACACAUAUGUACCAUAUCAUGAAGAUAAACAUUGCAACAACGAGAAAAUGAAUCCUCAUGGAAAUGAAAGGAAUUUAGUAGAAAGGGAAACAGAGAAAAAGAAAAAGAAAACGGAAAGUAGAAAAAUAGACAGGUCUGACUAGAUCUGGGAAGGUAGGAAAGUCAGAUCAGUGCACAAUACCUCGAAGUUGCAAAGUCUCCAGGUGUUGAGCCCACGGGUACCACUCCAGUUCCCCCUCAUAACUUCUAUCCUGAAGUCUGUUCCGUAUGGAUUCCAUCACCCUAAUCCAAUUCACUUUUGAUAUCAGAAUUUGUAGGCUCGGAAGUGUAGGUUUCUUCCAAUUUGCCGCCAAUAAUGAUCUUGCUGCUGUCAGGAUAUGAGUAGCUAAUGUACGGGUUUGUUUCAAGCGUAUGGCCCUAAUCUUCAUUCCCAAGAGAAAAGUGUGUGGGGAGGGCUGUAUAACGCAAUGUAGAACAUCAGAGAGCAAAGUUGCCACCAUCUUCCAAAACACCUGAGCUACUGUACAGGUCCACCAGGUGUGCAGGAAGGAGCCCCUCUCCCCACAGCCUCUAAAGCAUUGCGAGUGAUCCGGGUUACCGCUUAGUGUAGCAAUACGCGUGGGGGUGUAGUACCAGCGAAAUAUUAUUUUAUAGGCUCUCUCACUAGAGGCUGCACAUAUUGAAGUUCGUUUGGCUGUGUCCCAGAUUUCCAACCAAGACUUGUCAGAAAUCGCAAGGUCUAAAUCCUGUUCCCACUUUUGCAUAUAAGGCUGACGUGUGUCUGUGUUGUCAGUCGCGAGGCUCAUAUACAGAAGUGAGAUAAGGUGUGUUGGGUAUGUGCGGCUGCGACACAGCUUCUCAAAAUAGGUAAGGGUGGAAGACGUUUGGGACUUGCAAGCAGUGAUCACGUAAUGCCGAAUCUGCAAAUAGCGAUGGGGAAUACUAUAUUCGUCCCUAAGUUGUUGAAAAGAUUUAACAGUCCCUCCAGUGACGAAGUCUAAUAGGGUUGUCAGAUUCGCAGAUAUCCAUACUCGAAACUCUAUGGGAGAGCCACCUGGGGGGAAGUCCUUAUUGUGAAAAAUAGUUCUGUAUAGUGUGGUAGUGUUGCUCAAUCUCAUCUUGAACGCUACAGAGUCCCAAAGAUCUAAUGCUUGCUGUGACGGGGGGAGGAGGUGUGGGAGAGAGACCCUAGCUGACUUAGGGAUCCAAAAUAAAUGGGCGAGUUGUAAUGGGGCCGAAUAGUGAUUUUCAAUGGAUUGCCAGGGUUCCUCAGUUGGUGCAUGAAUAUGAACCAUCGCUUCCAACCGACUUGCAAGGUAAUAUCUGUAUAGAUGGGGUACUCCCAAGCCUCCCAAUGAUUUCGGUUUUGUCAUGAUUGCGGCCUUAAUUCUGGGUUUCUUGCCCUCCCAAAUGAAGUUCGAUACAGCUUUUUGAAGUGAGAAAGCUACUGAUUCGGGGAAGUGUAUUGGUAAUGUUCUAAAGAGGUAUAGUAUCCUAGGUAAUAGCGUCAUUUUAAUGGCCGCUAUCCUACCAAACCAGGAGAGGUGAUAUGAGUGCCAUUUGUCCAGAUCUCUCUUGAGAGUAUCGAUUAGUUUGGGGUAAUUAGCCUUGUACAGGGUGUCAUAGGAAGGAGUAAGGAAUACUCCGAGAUACUCCAAUGAGUCUGUCUCCCAUCUAUAGUCAAAGUUAAGUUGUAAUAAUUUAAGUUCUGGCUUGGACAUAUGAAGUGGCAAUGCGUGUGAUUUGGUAGGGUUUAUUUUGUAUCCCGAAAUGAGUUGGAACUGAGUUAGAGUCUGUAAUAAGUUUGGAAGCGUGGUUUGGGGGGCUGUCAACGUAAGGAUGAUAUCAUCGGCAAAAAGGCUGAUUUUAUGUUCCAUUUCUCCGGGUCAUAUACCCUUAAUAUUGGGGUUAUGUCUAAUGGCGUGAGCUAACGGUUCCAGGGAUAGAGCAAAUAUCAGGGGGGACAUGGGGCAGCCCUGGCGAGUCCCUCUUUUGAUGGCAAAACGGUCGGAAAGAAGUCCCAUGCUAAGAACCUGAGCCGAGGGCGUGGUGUAAAGCUGUUUAAUCCCUGUAAGGAAUGGUGUCGGAAUCUGCAAUUUGCUGAGCACCGCAAACAUAUAUCUCCAGUCCAAUCUGUCGAACGCUUUUUGGGCAUCCAACGACAAAAGCAGGGAGGAGGUGUUUUGUUUAGGUGCACGACAAAUCAGGUCUAUGGUUUUACGAAUGUUAUCUGCCGCUUGGCGACCAGGUACGAAACCCACUUGAUCGUGGUGUAUAAGGUGGGGAAGAAUUACAGAUAAUCUGUUAGCCAGUAUUUUCGCAAACAGUUUAAUAUCGGUAUUGAUAAGCGAUAUAGGUCUGUAGCUAUCGCAAUUGACUGGGUCUUUGCCAGGUUUUAGUUUCAUAACUAUGGUGGCUGCAUGUGUUGCGUCGGGGGAGAGCCCUCAAGAAAGGAUUGGAAAAGCUCUCUCAAAAAUGGGGUCAACUGAUUUACAAAGGACUUAUAAUAUUUAGCCGUAUAACCGCCUGGGCCAGGCGCUUUGCCAGAUUUGGAGUCUUUGAUCACCCUCUCUAUCUCCUCCCUGGUUAUUGGUUCUGUGAGCAGCUCCCUAUCCUCUUUUGUGAUGGUGGGGGGGAUCCAUUGUUUCAUGAUAUCCGACUCUAGUGCCUGGGACGCCUUAGGAGCUUUAUCUGCAGCAUACAAGUCCGCAUAAAAAGCCCGGAAUGAGUGGAGAAUUUGCUUAGUAUCCCUAGUUAUCGUCCCUGUAGGGGUACGUAUUGCAUGUAUGGUCUGAGAGGUGUGUAAAGCCUUCAGUUUGCGGGCUAGCAACGUGUGUGGUUUAUUCGCAUAUUCGUAGUACAAGUGUUUAGUCUUUCUCAUAGCAUAGGCCGCCUUAUCGGAGAGGACUUGAAUCAGUUGAGUUCUUGUGUCCUGAAUGUCCUUGUAAGAGGCGGGGGACGGAUUCUGUUUAUGGGCGAUGGCUAAAUCGUGCAGCCUCUGUGAGAGUUGCUGGGUUUUCGCCUCCCUACUUUUUUUCCAUAUCGCAGCGUGUUUAAUGAGUAUGCCCCGGAUCACAGCUUUAUGGGCAUCCCACCUGACCGCAACUGAGGUAUCUUCUAGGGUAUUCGCGAUGAAAUAAUCUUUCAGGGAAGAGGAGACCGCAGCACAAAUCACUUUGUCCAAAAGCAGGGACUCAUUCAGUCUCCAACAUCCAUGCCCCCUGACCGCAUCCCAAUUGGCGAAAACAGUUUCCACCAUGCCGUGAUCAGACCAGGUAAUAUCAUGAAUCGUAGCAGUACAUACGUAAUCCACAAGUGUGGCUUUAGUGAAGAUAAAGUCAAUUCUGGAGUAGGAGGCAUGGACGGAGGAGUAAUAUGAAUAAUCCCUAUCAAUUGGAUGUUUCUCUCUCCAGACAUCCACUAAGUGUUCUGCAGUGAGACACCGUGUUAGGUAUGUGGAGUCCCGAAUUUGAGCAUUGGGGGGUAUUACCCGCCUGCACACCCUGAGACCUAUCCAGAUUAUUAUUCAAUGUUGUAUUAAAAUCACCCCCUACAAUCAAUCUACCCUCCGAAAGCUGUGCUAGUUUGUUGAAAAACUUUUUAAAGAAAGCUGGUUUGGAGGAAUUAGGGGCAUAGACUGAUGCUAGCGUGGUAAGAUGGUUUUGUAGGAGGCCUGUCCGCCAUUGUGUCUUCUGAAUCCCACCUCAACCAAGAAAUUGUCCUCCCUUCAUUCUGUCCAAAACCAACAUCAGAAAUUGAAAGACGCUUACACACUCUAGAUGUGGUUAGAAUACUCAAAUUCUAUUUGCAUAGGAUGGAAAGCAUCAGAAAAACAGAAGCUCUUUUUGUUCUCUAUGGUCCACACGGUAAGGGGAACAAAGCUUCAAAGAUGUCCAUUGCCAGAUGGAUCAAAGACUUAAUACUGUACAUUUACAAACUCAAAGGUCUACCCACGCCUUUAAAGGCAAGCUUCCAUGGAACAAAUUUGUAAGGCGGGCUACCUGGUCGUCUUUGCACACAUUCGCAAAGUUCUAUAAGUUCAACGUUUAUGUUUCAGCAGAUGCCAGUUUUGGCAGAAAGGUUCUACAAACAGUUAUUAACAAGUAAAGGACUUUCGCACAUGUUAGUGCCUUUCAACUUGUUUUCAGUCUCCUCUUAAUUACUUAUCUUUUCCCCCCCUUUCAUUGAGCUUUGGGACUAACCCACUAGUGCCCUGUGCUGCCUAGGGACGACCAAGAAAAGGGUAUUUGUUAUCAUACUUACCGAUAAAUCUUUCUCCUAGUCCCGUACAGGCAGUACAGGGAGUUUCCCACCCUUAUUCUUCACUGUUCUAUACUACUUAUAAGCUGUGCUAGUCGAAACUGAAGUAGGCGGGGUUAAUACAGGGAAGAGGAGGAUCCCUCAGAGGGAUUGAAAGUUUAGUUCCAUCCUGCCUCCUAAAGGGAAUGGUGUAUUAACCCACUAGUGCCCUGUGCUGCCUGUACGGGACCCCGAGAAAGAGGUUUAUCGGUAAGUAUGAUAACAAAUCCUCUUAUAUUCUAUAUACUUCGUGGUCUGUUGUAAUCGGAGUGUAGUCCCUCCAGUCUGCUGCAUUUGUUAUUAAUGCUUCUGAAGAUAAUCCACCAAUUCCCUACUCUUGGGGGGAAAAAAUUAAGUUUGUGUAACUCGUGAAUGAAAUGUGUUU